CGGGGACGCCAGGAACCUUGACCUUCAAUUCCAUCUUUCAACCUCACAACAGCGAUUCAAUCACCACAUUCAUUACUUUGUGUACUAUUCAGAAGACUCGCUCUUCUACACUCUCCUUAAGGAACCAACGCUCUUUUCCACGAGACUUCACUCAUUUUCAGUCGUCCAAUUACCUCGCGCUUUACUCCUUUCAGAUACCAAAAUGCACGCCUCAUUCUUCUUCGUUGCCAUCGCGGCUUUCGCACGCGUCGCCCUUGCCACGCCACCUGCCUGCUUGAUUGCUGCCCUUGGCGAGCAAUCCAACCCAGCCGAUAUCCCAACCCUCUGCAAGUCCGGCCUCGACGCCUUCUACGGCAACAUCACCGAGAAGUGCAGCGGCGACAACAAGGCUGCAGCCGUCAAGAUCUACUCCUCUACCUGCCUUGCUAGCGGUGUCACCAUCACUCUCCCAACCUCUACCUCCAUGACAUCCGCCCCAACCCAGACUGGAUCCAAGUCCGACUCCGGCUCUGAUUCCAGCUCCGACUCUGCCUCUACCACUGGCCCCGCUGGCAAUGAUGCCGCCGCCACCACAACUGGAGGCACCGCAUCGCCCACCGAGACCGGUGCCGGUUCUAGCUUGAAGGCCGGCUCCAGCGUCCUCCUCGGAUCAGUCAUCGUCCUUUCCGGCCUCGCCAGCCAGCUGCUAUAAUCGUCCAGUCCAGAGCGGAUUUUCCCGUGCCUGCGUCCGUUAUGUGCAGUGAUCCUCGUGUUAUCUUAGCAAAUGCGGUUUAUUCUAGCGCCUCGCCCCACGCGUCAUGUUGGCAUCGGGCGGACCCUGAACAUCAUGGCACGUCACCCGUCAGGGCAUCCAAUAUCAACGAGUUCCGGAUACAACCGUCAUCUUCGCUACAGUACAUGGGAAAGCUGGAUUAAACACGCUAGGUUCAUGGAAUCGAGUUCGGAUAUUUUGCAGUGGCGGAUCUCAGUAUACCAAUAGACUUAUUUUCCUUGUGGUUCUCUUGAUUGUCUUUAUACAUUAGGUUUGCAUCUGUUCCUCAUACAGAAUAAAGGGAAAUGUUAGAAUAGACGUGUGGUGAUGUUGUAUACCAAAC